AUGGCGCGGACCCUGUGGCAGAUUCUGCCCCAGGUCCACCUGCAGACGCAGCAGGAGGUGAAGAUGCGGAUGAUGGGGAUGGCGAUGCGUGUGAUCCGCACCGAUGGCUUCCUGGCUCUCUACAACGGGCUCAGCGCCUCGCUGUGCCGGCAGAUGACGUAUUCCUUGACUCGCUUUGCCAUCUACGAGACCGCAAGGGACCGCUUGGGCCAGGGCAGCCAGGGGCCUCCCCCCUUCUACCAGAAAGUGCUGCUGGGUGCAGUGGGAGGUUUCACCGGCGGGUUUGUGGGGACCCCGGCAGACAUGGUGAACGUCAGGUCACCUCAGACCCUGACACCUUCCUCUCUCGCUCCUUCCAGCUAUUCCCAUGCCCUGGACGGCAUGUACCGUGUCCUCCGGGAAGAGGGCUUGAAGAAACUCUUCUCGGGAGCUACGAUGGCAUCCAGCCGAGGGGCCCUAGUCACCGUUGGGCAGCUCUCUUGUUAUGACCAGGCCAAGCAGCUGGUUCUCACAACUGGGUUGCUGUCAGACAACAUCUUCACUCACUUCCUGGCCAGCUUCAUCGCAGGCGGAUGCGCCACGUUCCUGUGCCAGCCCCUGGACGUGCUCAAGACCCGCCUCAUGAACUCCCAGGGCGAGUACCGGGGUGUUGCGCACUGUGCUGUGGAAACUGCCAAGCUUGGCCCCCUCGCCUUCUACAAGGGCUUCGUUCCUGCUGCCAUCCGGCUCAUUCCUCACACCGUCCUCACCUUCGUCUUCCUGGAACAGCUGCGCAAAUAUUUUGGGAUUAAAGUGAUCACUUGAGUAGGAAGGACCGGGACCCUGCCUUGCCCCGGGGGGGUGAGCGUGAGGGUCACCGCUGAGAUCCCAGAACCCCUCUCUGCUGUCUGGGGCCAGUGCUGCUCCCCCUAUCCCUCGUCCCCACUCCCGUGCCUUGCCAGUACCUGUGGCCAGCCAGUCCCAGACUCCCCUUUCCUCUCUCACCCCUGUUCUCAGCACCUCCGUUACCUCUGGGAUAUCCUUGGGCCUCUCGUCCCCUCUGCACUGUUGGCUUGGGGGUUUUUUUUGCCGUCUUCCCACUGUCCUACUGGCCACGAGUUCUGCCCUUACCUCCCUCAGCCCUGUCUCUUACAGGCCUCCGGGAGCAGGACUGCGCUGUCCUGGGGAGGACAGGGGGGAUCUGGUCACAGAGCCUACGGAGCUGGGGGCUGAUGGGGCCAGUGCCCACGCUGCGGCAGGGCCUGUGCUGGGGGCAGCGGGGCGCGGGGCUGGCAUGUUCCCAGCCUGUCCUGCCAGCAGCAAGGGGAGACGCAGGUUUAGCAAAACAAGGCCCUGUUCUCUCUUAGUGCCUCUGGCCCCACGUGCUCCUCCGCUGACCCCAGGGUAGCCUGGCAUCCCCGCUCUGCUCCCCGGCCCCCCCGAAACACCCCCUGCUUCUGCUUGGCCAAAACUCACCAGCGCCCGACGGCUGCUGGGCUCUUCAGGGAUUGUGCCUCAUACCAAUGAUGACAGAGAACGGACCCCGUGGGUGAGGGGCAGCCGCUCGGCUGCCCAGCCCUGCUGGCCAGGCACGGGCUGGAGCCCUUCUCGCCUGGCCUGCCCUCGCCAGGGGCAAGGCCGGCAGCUGCACCGCUGUCCCCCGGCUCUGGCUGGGGCCGGGCAGUGCGUGCUCAAGGACCCGGCGUUCGCUCGCCUGCAGUGCGCUCACCCUCCACCAGACCUGGUCUCGGGUGGGGGCAUCCAUCCAGCACCGCUCUGUGGCCUCGCCUGCCCCCUCCUUGCACCGAGGCCAGGGCAGACCCCAGCCCCGAGUGCACCGAGGCUGCCUCACGGCCCUCCCUCACCCUGCAGCGUCCUGCACGCGGGGGCUGCAGGCACCAGCCCCUCUGCCGUGUGCACCCCUGUGCGUGGUGGCCCCGAGGGAUCAAAGAACUGGAAUAUCUGUGACCUUAAUAUAUAAUAAACAGUG